AUGAAAGAAAAUAAUGAAAAAAAAGAGGAUAAAAUUUUUCAAGAAAUUAAAAAAUUAAAAUUAGAAAUGGAAUUAUUAAGAAAGGAUAAUUUAUCAUUUAAAACAACAAUACAAUCUCUAUCAGAUUCUAUAAAUAGUUUGUCAAGUGUUGAAUCAAAAUAUGAUUCUGACAUUUAUUACAAUGACGAUGAAUAUUCAACUAUCUACUUGUAA